AUGGCGCUGAAUCAGCCCGGAGGAGACGCGCUGCGCAGCGGAGAGAGGAGGAGGAGGAGAGGAGAUGGUUCAGCGAGAGAGGAGGAGCGUCUUAGAGAGACUGACGAGGAGAGGAGGAGAAAGGCUGGGACAAGCCGAGAGUUAGCAGACGCCUUCAAAGGGACCAAGAAAGGCAGCGUGUUCCUCACAGCAUACCGGAUGAUCUUUGUGUCGAAGGGGCGUGAUGCCAUGCAGUCCUUCAUGAUGCCCUUCUACCUGGUGAAGGGGUGCUCCAUCGAACAGCCCAUACUGUCUGCCAACUACAUCAAGGGCUGUGUGAGGGCUGAGCCUGGGGGUGGCUGGGAGGGACAGGCCUCUUUCAAGCUGGUGUUUAACAGUGGAGGAGCCAUUGAGUUUGGACAGCUCAUGUUCAGAGCAGCAACGAACGGUAACCAACCUGGGCUGAGCCUGAGUCUGUCUGUGUGUCUGUCUGUCAGUGUGUGUCUGUCUGUCUGUCUGUGUCUGUUCUUUAACUGCAAUGCUGUGCUGUGGUCCCGUAUCGCAGACGAUGUGGAUCGUGUUUUUUGGGGGUGUCUGAGCCUCGCUUUCUCUCGUGUUGCAGGGAACCCCAAAGCAGCAGAGGCAGCUGCAUCGAGCGCUUAUUACACUCCAGAUAACCCCCACAGCGUCUACAUGCCCCAGGAGCUGCCUCCUCCCUACGCUCCCUACGCACCCAACGGGCACAAGAAAAACAAUUAGGAGAAUCUCUCUCUCUCUCUCUCUCUCUCUCUCUCCUCUCUCUCUCUCCUCUCUUCUCUCCUCUCUCCUCUCU